AUGACAUUGCGAAUGCGAACCUGUCUAAAUCGGGACAGUACCCAAUCGGUCGUGUCCGAGCUCGAAGGGACAUUACUGAAAAACCCUGACCCUUUCUCAUACUUGAUGCUCGUUGCAUUCGAAUCUUCGGGUUUGAUCCGUUUCACCAUCCUGUUGUCUCUAUGGCCCGUGAUCGCACUCCUUGACGUUUUUGGGGCCCGAGACUUGAGCCUCAAGCUCAUGAUCUUCGUCGCAACUGUCGGUUUACGCGAGUCGGAGAUCCAGUCGGUGGCUCGAGCCGUUUUGCCAAAGUUCUACAUGGAUGACGUCAGCAUGAACGGUUGGAGGGUGUUCAGCUCGUACGAGAAGAGGAUCGUGGUGACGAGAAUGCCUCGAAUUAUGACUGAGAGGUUCGCAAAGGAUCAUCUCCAAGCUGACGACAUCAUCGGUUCUGAGCUUGUUGUGAACCGGUUCGGUUUUGCCACCGGUUUAAUCAAGGAAACCGACAUUGACGGAUCUAUUUCGAACCGGGUUGGUAAUUUGUUUAUUGAUAAUAGACCUCGCCUUGGUCUUGGAAGACCAACUACUACAGGUUCUACAACUUUCCUAUCGCUAUGUGAGGAACAAAUGCAUUCACCUAUCCCGAGCAGCCACAACCGCCGAGACCAGAUCCUUAAGGUGCAGCCACAGCCAGUGAUCUUCCACGAUGGCCGCCUCGUGAAACGACCGACACCGGGCACCGCUCUGCUCAUCCUCCUCUGGAUCCCAUUUGGAAUCUUCCUCGCAACGGUCCGUAUCCUCCUCGGCUUCUUCCUCCCUCUAUGGACCAUUCCUUACGUCUCUCACAUUUUCUGUGGCCGAGUCAUCGUCAAGGGCCACCCUCUUCCGCAUCCGGCCGGUGGAAAUUCCGGCGUACUCUUCGUUUGCACCCACCGAACCCUAAUGGACCCUGUCGUCUUGUCCUACGUUCUCGGACGACGAAUCCCGGCCGUUACUUACUCGAUCUCGAGAUUAUCCGAGAUCUUAUCUCCUAUCCCGACCGUUAGACUCACCCGAAUCCGACAUGUCGACGCUGACAAGAUCAAACGGGAGCUGUCCAAAGGGGAUCUUGUCGUGUGUCCGGAGGGAACCACGUGCCGCGAACCGUUCUUGCUGAGAUUUAGUGCCCUUUUCGCGGAGCUAACGGACAGGAUCGUUCCCGUAGCGAUGAACUAUCGUGUCGGAUUCUUUCAUGCGACCACCGCGAGAGGUUGGAAAGGUCUUGACCCGAUUUUCUUCUUCAUGAACCCUAGACCGGUGUACGAGGUUACGUUCUUGAACCAGCUUCCUGUGGAGGCCACGUGUUCGUCGGGGAAAAGCCCUCACGACGUGGCGAAUUACGUACAGAGAAUCUUGGCGGCUACGUUAGGGUUUGAGUGUACUAACUUCACGAGGAAGGAUAAGUAUAGGGUUUUGGCGGGGAAUGAUGGUACGGUGUCGUAUACGUCGUUCGUGGACCAAAUGAAGAAGGUGGUCAGCACUAUCAAGCCUUUUUUCCAUUGAAGUUAAUUUUUCGAAAAUUAAGUUUCGCGUAAUUUUUACAUGCAUGUUUGUGGAUUUAUAUAUAUAUAUAUGUGUAUAUAUAUAUAUGACUGAUUACAAGCCUGCUAAAUUUAUCUCCACUGCCUUUGAUUUUUUUUUUUUGGUGUUGGAAUUUAUUUUUGUACUGUAAAUGG